AUGACCUACCGCGGCCAUCACAACCCGGGCAUUGACCUCGGGGCGCUUCGCGAUGCCCGUCAAUUCCCAAUCUUGGGCCUGUGGGUGCGCUACGGCCUGUCCAAGCUGGCAAACAUCCUGUUUACGAGGGAGCUGGGCAGGCGGUAUCCCAAGAAUAGCGGCGUCGCGGUGCACCCGGAGGUUGCGGAGACUGAUCUCGUCUACGACUUGACGUUUUGGAAGCGGCUUCUCGUGCGGGCUACGGGGAGGCAUGCCGGUGAGAAGAUGCAGAGUGGUGCAGCAACGAUUUGCAACAAGGCCAAGGCUGCCUUCUUUGUGCCCGUCGGUGUUGCUGAUGCGGAUGAUGCCAAGUGUUGGGAUGAUGAGUUGAUGGCCAAGUUGUGGGACUGGACUGUAAGCAAAGUCGGCGUCAACGGAUCAAGCAUGAGCCCGGUCGAGUGCGCAUUAUUUGCAUGGCUCGGCGUCUAG